GUGCCUCCUACAGAGAAGACGCCACAAUGUCUGAUCCAACCACAUCUCCUUUGAUUUUAGACUUUGGCUCGAUUUAUGAUGAGCUCAACUUUACGUAUAACUACACAGAGUUUAUCAUAAACCCUGAGACGCAGCCCUGCAACGACAUCUCCCUCCCAGACGCAGUGACAGUUUUCUACAGCGUCUUUUAUGUCCUCAUCUUUGUGUUGGCCAUUCCUGGGAACCUGAUAGUGGGGCUGGUGAUUGGCCUGAGCAAGCAGUCUCUGCCGCCCUCUGACCUCUACCUCCUCCACCUGGCAGUCGCUGACCUCCUGCUGGCCUUAACUCUCCCAUUCUGGGCCACUUCUGUCACGCGGGGUUGGGUGUUCGGAGACAGCAUGUGCAAAAUCAUCACCAUCCUCCAAGAGCUGAGCUUCUACUCUAGCAUUCUCUUCCUGACUUGCAUUAGUAUGGACCGUUACAUGGUGAUCGUGCGAGCCAUGGAGGCACGCAGGGCUAACAGGCAGAUGUUCAGCUGGGGAGUUUGUGCUGCUGUGUGGGCUGUUGGAGCUCUUCUGUCUCUGCCGGGGCUUUUAAAUUCAUCUUUCAAAUCUCAAACCUCCAAUCAGAUAGUGUGUGCUGAGCUGUAUGAUACAAAGAGUCGUGACGUGUGGCGGCUGACCACCAGAAUUCUUCGCCACACUUUGGGUUUUUUGAUCCCCUUGGCCAUCAUGCUGCCCUGUUAUGGAGUAACCAUCAAACGCCUCCUUCACGUCCGUGGGGGGUUUCAGCGACAACGAGCCAUGAGAGUGAUUGUGUCCGUGGUGGUCGCCUUCCUGCUUUGUUGGACACCGUACCACAUCUCAGUGAUGGUCGACACGUUAUCCAGGGCGAAGAUAGUGCUGUACCAGUGCUCAGCGAGGAUGGCAGUAGAUCAGGCCAUGUUUGCCACCCAGAGUCUGGGGCUGCUUCACAGCUGUGUCAACCCAGUGGUGUAUGCUUUUGUGGGGGAGAAAUUCAGAAAGAGCCUGUUACAGAUGAUGAGGAAGAUGGGAGUCCUGCAUAGACCAUCUGUGACGAGAAGCAGUAGGUCUUCACUGUCGUCAGAACUCACAUCCACAUUCAUGUGAGAACGCCAAAGGGACACUUUGAACUAUUCACAUGAAUGCAUCACGUCAGUGCAUUUUACUGCAUGAUCUCACGUGCUGGACGACAAAGUACUAGGUUUGAUACUUAGCUGCAUUUUUAUCGCAACUCAUAUUUGGUGAAGUUAGUUCACUGUAAGUCACUCUGGAUAAGAGUGUCUGCUUAAUGACCUGUAAUGUAAUGAAAUUACAUUUUUUAAAUGUAUAAAUAAAUAACAAAUAUGCUUUGUUAUAUUUGUUCACCAUGUUUAACUUAGUUGAACUUUAUUUCUAUAUUUUAAUAGAUUUUGCUUGUGUGUUUUCUUUAUAUACAUAUUUAAAUAAAUAAUGAUCAUUGUUGUAGGGAAACUUCCACCCUGUUGUUUUUGAAAUGUGGUUACCCACUUAAAACCCUCUCUUUCCUCCGUCAUGUCUAGUUCUGAGGAAAUUGUGGGAAAUAUGUUUGUCAAGUUUCAAUUUGAAGUGUAACUAUUUCAACACAAUAAUACCAUGCCACAACAUCAAAACAUCCUCUGAUGAACACCUUGAGAUGCAGCUGAAAGCUCUGGAAAAAAGGUAGAAUUUGACCUUGAGUUAAGACACUUCAGCAUAAGAUGGGGAGAUAUCUGAUCAAUGUUAUUUCUCUUAUAGCCUGUGAAUGUGAAUUAUCAAUCUAUGAUUAAAAUUUAAAAUGAAAACAAAUAUCACCGUCCUCUGAAAGAGAUUUUAACUUCCAGCUCAAGGUGUUCUGCACCAAGUGCAGCAGAAACAUAAAACUAUCCUGCAUAAUGCUGUAUAACUCUAUAGUUUUUUUUAUAUUAAGGCAUGUUUACAUUUUUGUAAGUCUGUUUACGUUUUAUGUAUAUUUAGCUAAAGAAAGCUGGUUGUCAUUCACAUGCCACACAAUUUGUAAUCGGUAUAGUUGCAAUCAUCAAUAAAGUUUUAUAUACUUGUA